GGUGAGCUUCUCUUAAGUAUCUCUCAAGAUCCAGGAUCAUCACUUUGCUGUCUCUGGUCUUGCGUACAUGUCUGAUAGGUCCAUGUCUUACUACUUACUUAGUGCUCCAUUUUAGAAUUCUGGCAUUUUUCAAUGAGUUAGUUGUAUCUGUCUUGUACUCAGUAUUAUUUUCCUCUCUCUUUUAGAUCACUGUAAUGGAUGAAACGUGGACCGUCUUCAGGAGAUACAGCCGCUUUCGGGAAAUGCACAAAACUCUCAAGAUGAAAUACCCCGAGCUUGCAGCUUUAGAAUUCCCUCCCAAAAAACUCUUUGGAAACCGAGAUGAGCGAAUGGUUGCAGAGCGGCAGAGUCACUUGGAGAAAUAUCUGAAAAACUUAUUCAGGGUUAUGAUGUCGCCGACCUCGGGCUCUCCACUCCGCACUGAUUCGGACUCUGAGGGUGGUCUGCAGCUGUCCAAGUACACCAUCUGUGACUUCUUCAAGAAGGGCGUCUUUGACUACAGCAGCCAUGGAACUGGUUGAAGACAUUUUAGAUGAGGAUGGGUUGGAGCUAGCCUUGCCCCAGAUCAUUUUGUGCUGUUUCGCCAUUUCCUAUGGUCAUGCAUUGACCAUUGGAGUUGGCGAGAUGGCGCAAACAGAUCUGUGACCAGGCUACGAUGGAGCAGCUUUAAUCCCAAAACCAAAGUGUGCAGUGCCUU